AUGAUUGGAAAGAUACUUGCCCAUUUCCUUGGUAGCACAGAUGACGAUUUUCCCACAGAUGACAAUGAAACCUAUGAUGAGCUCAUUGAGUUUGAGGCGGGAGGAUGGGUGGUUAUCAACAUUCAAGAGAACAACUCCCUGACCCCCCCUGAGGAAGACCCUUUGGAGAACCUGCUGAUUGAGCAUCCCAGUAUGCCUGUAGACCAGAUCAGACACCAGCCCAGCGAUGAAGAGGAUACUUCUCCCAGGCCUGUGCCAGUCAAACAGCAUGUGUCCUGGAGGCUAGCUGCCUGGGGCAGCCUGCUUCCAUGCAAUGUCCAACUGCUUGCCAUACAGCGAGCCAGGACUCACUUGGAGUGCAAGAAGCUGACCAGGAGUGCUCUCCAGAGACAGAGCCUUGCCAAGGUGCGCUUCUCCCCCUCUGACAGACGCUUUGGUCACUUCAAACAACCCUGCCAGCGUCUGUACAACUACUGAGUGUCUACUGAGUAGCCACGCUACUGUCUGAACCCACUUAACACACAGACCUUAGACCUAUGACCUACCUUAGACCUACCUAUUUGAUUUGAUAUCUCUUUACCCUGAUCAAGGGAACCACAUUUGUUGAGUAUGUUAUUGACAUACUGAGCCCAGUUUGAGAGUGAAAUAGCCAUGAGUAGAUGUGUGUGUGCAUGUGAAAAGUAUUAUAACUGGCUUGUUACGGUUAAGUCUUAUGGCUCUGAUGAAAACUUUUAUGUAUUGUAUAAAAUGCAAAAGGUUUUAGCACUUGCAAAUAUUCAUUCUAUUGUAUAUAGAAUACUUUUUUUGUAUUACUUUGCGUGCCUUAGAUUUAGAUACGUUGUGAGUAUAUUGCUUUAAGGAAAGUUGUUUCAUAGCUAUGAAAAGCUAUUUUGUAUAUAUGUGAUGAUGACACAAAACAUCACUCUUGAGUAAUUGGACCUCUUUCGCUAUAUUUUUUAAUAACAAAUACAAUGUAUGUAAGGAUUACCAAAUAAUGAUGAAACACUGUUACUAAUGUAUGUUUUGUACUUAGUGAUUCACUUUGUUUUUAUACAUUUAUUCCCAGUGUGUUCUUAUGUUUGUUGUACUGCUACAAGCCCGGUUUGUAAAUAUAUUCAGAUUUAUUUGGUAUUUUGGUGUAUAUUUAAAUGUUAAAAGAUGUUAAAUAAAUCUGUUUUGUUUAGGUA